AUUUCGGUUGUAGUUCGAUGCCGAGGAAUCAUAAGUAAGGACGUUCGUGCCAACUUCCUCGUCAUGAUGAACUAUAUGACGCUCGUCUGCAAGUGCCAAAGCAUACGCCUCAAGACUGGUCUACGCUUGAAAGCAAUAUAUGACCAGGAAAUCAAGCUUUACGGUUCCACAGGAAAGAUCUCUUAUCGAACCUUUGCAGAUUGGCACGCUAUUGGCAGCAAAUUUAUUGCACUCGCCAGUGGCGGUUCCAUUUACAUACUUGUGCUCAUUGCAGGCUUAGGGCUCAGGGUCUCUAUCGCUUCCAUGGUAGGCACUACGCACUUGAAUAUAGCUGACUUCCUGCGAUCGCCUCCUAAAGAUUCUCUCCAAAGAGAUCUCAUUACAGGAUACAUCGUUCCGACUAUCGCACGCAUGCGUCUCGUGUACCCUCUUAGCAUGGCCUCAAUGUUUCCUCUCGCGCUGAUUCAAAGAUUUGUCGUGUCGAAAUCAGUCGACUGUACAGACCUUUCAGCAUCUGAUCGGUUCUUUGACGCCAUCAUACAAAAUGCGUUUGUACCUCUCUCAAGAAACGCACAUGUUUGGAGACCGUGCGUUGUACCUGUACCAGACAAAUCUAACAGAGUUCCGGUACAGAGCUUGAAUUACGACGUAUUCUACGGUUCAAGUCGCCCUUACAGCCCACCACUUUCUGACGUUGAAGAGGAUGAGACGGAGCAUAUCAUUAUCAAGACUGCGUACGAUCCGCUUGCAUCGGAGAACAAGAGCUUCAAGGCACCAAGAAACAAGGCAGACAACGAUACCUGGAGUGCUGAUGAAAGGUUGCGAGCUGAGCGGGGUGAGAGGGUAAGAAGCAUUGACAGUUUGCAGGCGAAGCUUGCGAAUUUGUAUCCAAAGGGUGUUAAGAGAUCGCAGGACACAUACUUAAGAAUCCCUAUGGAAAUUAUACCGAAUCAUCACUUGGAGCUGCGUUGCAAAGACGGUUCGCUGAUGGCAUUUGUGUCAACGGCACUACCGAACCACAUCCGUUCCGUGCUCGAGGUGAAUCUCUUGUCUGCGCUGGAAAGGCCUGAGUUGCUGGAAGAGGUAGAUAGUGCAUUGCCUGGGUGUAAAAACUUUCAGGCGAUGCACUUGUCUUGGUAUAAUAGGCAUUGUACCUCGGGUAAUGAGGCCCCCAAGGAGGUUCAACCGUGGCUUCUAGAGAAAGAAGGCAUGCGUACUAACUACCAGCAGGUGAUUCCGUACAUAUCAAAAGAUCUGCGUGAACACAAACACAUCUACUCUACAAUCUCCCGUGUAUAUGCGGAGCUCUUUGAAUGGGUUAGAAAAUUGAUGGAGACUUAUUUGCAAGAUGAGUUUGAGAUGCUGAUGGAGGUCGCGUCUAUGUUGCCUGGCAAUCACUCUCCACCUUUUGCGCCAUUUAUAUCUUUGGUCAUCAACAUCAAUGUGAGGACCAAAGCCCAU